GUCGCUCGCGGUGUCUCCAGUUGGCGUCCGCCGGGAAGGCGGGGCUGAGGCUCGCACAUGGCCCCUCUGCCAGGGGCAGAGCUGGUCCAGACGCCAUUGCAGCUGUACCGUUACUUGUUACGUUGUUGCCGGCAGCUGCCAACCAAGGGCAUCCAGGAGCACUACAAGCAUGCUGUCAGGCAGAGUUUCCAAGUUCAUUCAGAUGAAGACAACUCCGAGAGAAUCCAGCAGAUUAUUAAAAGAGCCAUUGAAGAUGCCGACUGGAUCAUGAACAAAUAUAGGAAACAAAACUGAGUGUCUGGAGCUUACGGCGAGCGCUUAGCUGCCCUGGAGUCACUUGGAACUGAGAAGCCUUCUGCUCUUGGAACAGCAUCAGUUCUGGAAUAUUCUUUGAUCUUGUUGGCUGAAAGCAAGAAAUCGUAACUGACAUUUGGUGAGGUGGUUCUCGUCAUUGCAGCCAUGUCUCCAGCGUCUUUUAUGUCUGCUUUUCCAGACAGAAACGAUAUGCAAUUUGGGGAGAAUUUGGAGUUUUUUUGCUUCUUCUCUGUGUUUCUCAUUUUUGCCUAUCUGUUCUUUUACUUUGCCCUGAAGGCAGUUAAUUUAUUCUGGAGGUCCCGUCACCGAUCUCCCAGCCCCAUGAGAGAUGUCCCCUCAGAUGACCACCUGUAUAGAAAGAAACGAACGGGCUUGAGAACCAGGCAGCUGUGGAUCUGAAUCCCAGCCGGCAUACACGCCAUCUGUCAGGUGCCCGAGUGAGCCUGGGGGGGUGAGGCGGCAGUCACGUGCCAGCUCACACCAGCUCCCUGCACAGGGACCUUGCUGCACAGGGACCUUGCUGCACAGGGACCUUGCGAGGAAGCCGCUGUGCUCCUCGUCCUGUUCAGUGACUCAGCUGUGAGUGCGUCUUGUCUCCUCUCAGAGUCCACACGCCCUCUUAUCUGUGCCAUGCUGUGUCCGUCAGUCUGUUAAGCAGCGGCUUCCUCCCAAUAUGCUCCAGGCAGAAACCCUGACCCUUGAAGUGGGAAAACAUCUACUACACUAGACCAGCAAUAAGGUGCAAGUAGGCAGGGUAGACACCAGCAGGUCCAGGCUUCCGUGCUCCACAGUGUGUCCUCUCUGGAGAGGAGAUUGGGUCCAAGGGGAAGUGGCCCAGGUGGGCGAAGUAGCCAGAAGAUGCAGAGAGGCCACACUGGGGGUUGAAUGUUCGUGGGGCACUCAGGUGAGCUAGUGCCUGUCUGUGCCCUUGCAGUUCUGCGGGAUGAUGUGACCUCUGUCUAAGCAGAAGGGGCGGACAGUCCCGAAGCACGUGUGUCCACUUGUGAAAGCUCACAGUUUUCUUCCUCCUCUUUUGAUUUAUUUCAGACAGGAUCUCAGUGUAUACACUGGCAGGCCUUGAACUUUUGAACUUUCAGCAGUCUUUCUGUCUCUGCCUCCCAAGCACUUAGAUACAGGUGUGCCACAACACAUUGCUGCUGCUGCUGCUGCUGAUAAAUGCUCGUCAGGACAGUUUGCAGGAUGCAGCUCACUUCUUCCUCUAUGUGGGUCCCAGAGACUGAACUCGGGCUAUCAGGCUUGGUGGCAAAUGCCUCUAUCUGUUGAGUCAUCUGUUGGCUCUUAUUAUUUCUUCUUUAAAAAAAGAAGAUCUUUAUUUUAUUUGUGUGUACCACGUGUGUGCAGGUGCCCUCAGAGGCCUGAGGACAUUGGGCUCCCUGGAACUGAAGUUAUAGGCAGUAUGAGCUGUCUGAUGUAAGUGUUAGGAACCAAACCUGAGUCUUCUGCAAGCAGUUAGCGCUCACACUCACGCACACACUCACGCUCACGCUGAGCCAUCUCUCUAGCCCUCUAUUGUUUCUCCCUGACUGCUGUUCUCUGAAUAGGAUUGUUCCCUCGACACGUGUGUCAAACAACGCUAAGGACUUGGGUAAGUCAGACACCCACUUGCCUGGAAGGAUCAUUCCUCAGAGACAAGCAGAGCCACAGGUUUGGGCUCCCAGAUGACUGCCAGGCAAAGGGCAAGAGCAAAGCCGCAGUCCCUCCAUCCCCACUGCUGCUGUCCAGUCCAUCUGAGCCCAGGGACCAAUCCUUACCUGGUGGUGUUCGUGGCAGUAGAGUAGCCAUGUGUGCCACCAUGCCUGGCCUUAGGCAGAGUUGUUCAUUAGAAUGGGGCUGAGGAGAAAGGACUAACACUGAUUUGAGGAGCUGGGGCUGCCACUCACAGGGAGUGUGAGAGGGGUGUGGGGUCCCGUUGUUAUGAGGGUGGUUUCAGAGAACACAAUACAGAUCAGUGGCCAGGUUAUCCCUAUGACAUAGGACAUUGACCUGUAUCUGGUGGGGUCUCCCUAUUGAUAAAAUAAGGGUGGAAGACGGGCUUAUUUCAUUUGUUGAAAGUGAGGGAGAGGGCUGAAGAGCAGUUAAGAGCACUGACUGCUCUUCCAGAGGUCCUGAGUUUAAUUCCCAGCAACCACAUGGUGGCUCACAACCAUCUAUAAUGGGAUUUGGUGCCCUCUUCUGGUAUCUGAAGAGAGCAAUAGUGUACUCACAUUUAUAAAAUAAAUAAGGCCGGAGCAAGCAGGGCCAGAAAAUAUAUAAACAAAAAGAAAAAGGAAAACAUAAAGAAAAAGGCUACUUUAAAAAAAAAAGAAAGAAAGAAAGUGAGGGAGAAAAACUGAAUCUCCAUGAAUGUGUCCUUAAUAUUUGAUCCCUCUCCAAGAUGUCUUCUCCAGUCAUGUGUGUGUGUAAGUGUCCACAUGUAUGUGUGUGAGUGUCCACACACACAUGUGCCAGUACCUGUGUAUACCUGUGUGUGCACAGGGAGAGCAGGGGUUGAUGAUGGGUUGUCCCCUCUGUUGCUCAGUACCUGGCAUUCUGAGGCAGGGUCUCUCCCCACAGGUCACUGAUUGAUGAGACUGCUAGCCUGCAGAUUCUGGGGGUCUAACUCAUGCUCUCUCCUGCCACACACACACACACAUCACCCGGGCCUCAGGUGUGUGCCAGUGAGCCCAGCUUUUCUGUGGGCAUUAGGGGUCUGAAUGCAGAUCUUACUCAUUGUGCUGAGCUGUCUUCACAGGCCUUUCCUUCUUGUUCUUAAGGACCUGGUGGCAGGUGGAAGUCUGACUUCAGAGUUGCUUUGCAGUUGCUGGCCCUACUUGAUGGGAUGGGGACAAGAACGGUGGCACGGGCUCUGUCUGCAGUGGGUAGACCAUGGAGUGGCAUCAGUUUGAUAUGGAAAUGGCAGUGUGGAGAAGAUCCCCUCCCCAAGCAUGUUAAGUUAGCAUAGGACCGAAGUCAGUGGAAUAGCGGCCAGUGAUGGCUCCCAAGUGCCAGAAGCCAGGCACAGAUGGAACAGUAUCCAGUGCCAACCUCCAUAGGUGCCUCAUCUCACAGGCUGAGGCCAUUCUGCUCCUUGAAUAUGAUUGGCUACAGGUCCUGGCUAUUGACCUAAGUGCAACAGGUAGAAUCCAGGCGUAUGCACACCCUUCUUUGUUCUAUUAAUAAGAAACCGAAUUCUCUCUGGUUUUGUUCGAGUAUCGGUCAAGGAAUUUAGUGAGAGUGGGGUGUAGGGGAGCCAGCUAGUGCAUCUCCUGUGUUUUUGAGGGCUUUAGUUAAGGAUUGUAAUGUGACCUCAUUGUAAACAAAGCUACCCUAUCAACCAAGAGAGGUAAUUGGCUCCUGCAAGAUUUAGCUCCUAGGGGCUGGCAAGAUGGUUCCAACAGGCACUGCUGUGCAAACCUGACGACUGGAGUUUGAUCCCCUGAUUCUGUGUUAAGGAGCAAAGAGAACACCAAUGCCUCUCACCUCCACAUGAGACACGUGGCAUACACACACCUGCGUUCACACAUCAUGCACACACACAGUGAUAACCAUAAAAACAACAGUAAUCUAAAGCAUACAUUAUUUUGGGGCUGGAGCCAUAGCUCAGUAGCUAAGAGCACCUACGGCUCUGGCAUUAGUCAGAGUUAGAACCACAUCUGGUAGCUUACAACUGACUGUAACUCCAGCUCCAGAGGGAUCCAAUACCUCUGACCCUGCAGGCACCUCCACUCAGGUGCACACACCCACAUGCAUACAAAUAGUUUAGAAAAUUAUCAUAAAAUAAAGAAAUUAUAUAGCAUGCUUAUACCAGUAUGUACCAACGCUCCUAAUUUUAUAAAUGACUAGCCCAGGUACUGUGUUCCCUGCAAAGUAGUCUCCUACAAUGUAGAAGAAAUGUAAUUAAGAAUUAGAAAUGUAAUUAAGACUUAGACAAUCUUUAGUUUUGGAGGAACUCAACAAGAGAUGCUGCCCUGGGAGCUGGAGAGAUGGCUCAGAGGUCAAGCGCACUGGCUGCUCUUCCAGAGGUCCUGAGUUAAAUUCCCAGCAACCACAUGGUGGCUCACAACCAACUAUAAUGAUAUCUGGUGCCCUUUGGCCUGCAAGCAUACAUGGAGGCAGAAUGCUGUAUACAUAAUAAAUAAAAUCUUUAAAAAGAGAUGGUGGAGGUAGCCCUAGGAAGGACACUCAGCAAGAGCCUGGACAGGGUAUUUAUUUAUUUAUUUAUUUAUUAUCUGUUUGUUUAUUUUUACCGAGUGUUUGUUUUAUGCACCAAAGUGCUCAGGCCAUCCGGCUUGGUGGCAAGUGCCUUUACCCACUCAGUCAUCUCGCUGGCCCAAGCUUUGUAAUCUCCCAUAUCAUCAACUUGCCUGACUUAGAAGCCAUCCCGUUGAUGUCCCUUGAAGUGAGUUACUGCCACCUAUUUAGGGUCUUACUUGUACCCGAGGGUGCAGUAAAAUUAGAUCUUAAUACUUUACUGGGGAAACUUUAGCCAUCAACAUUUCCCUUUUCGCCCAGACAGCAGUGUGGACUGAGUGCUAGGAGCCCACUCUCGGAGCCUGUGAAUUUGAAGAUCAUCCUAAUUGUGGGGCUCAGAUAAAUGAGGACAAUGAGCUCACCUUGGGGGCAGAGCUGUAAGGAGGGUGGGCAUUGCCUCUGUGGCACAGUAGCAGCACUAAGCGCUUACUGUAUACCUGGACUUUCCAAUGCCUUUCAAAAUAAAGCUACCACUCUCUAAACCAUU